AUGGCGAGAAAGAAAGUCAAGCUUACUUACAUUGUCAAUGAUACCAUGAGGAAAAUCACAUUCAAAAAGAGAAAAGUAGGUGUUGUGAAGAAAUUAGAUGAAAUCACCACUCUUUGUGGAAUUGAGGCAUGUACCGUCAUAUAUAGUGCCUUUGAUUCCCAACCUCUCGUCUGGCCAUCCAUAGAUGAAGCGAAGAGACUUAUCACGAAGUUCAAGAGUUUUUCGAAGGUAGAUCAAGUAAAGAGGAACGUAAAUCAAGAGUCAUUCACGAGACAGAUGCUCGAAAAGAUGGAAGAGAAGCUGAAAAAACAAAAAAGAGAGAACCAUCACAAGGAAAUGACACAGAUCAUGUUUCAAUUUAUGAUGGAUUCACAAGAAACAUUGUUAAUGCUUAAUAGGGAAGAUUACAAGGAACUGUCUAGAGUUAUCAACCAGAAUUUAACAGAGGUUGAGAGGAUGAUGGAGAUGCGACAAAGGGACUCCUCCUCUUUCAUACGUCCUCCUAUAGGAGGCGACAUGAGUGGUGGUAGUGAUAGCAAACAUCUUGUUUUGAGCCAUCAUGAAUUCAAGCCACCAAAUCAUGGGAGGUUUCAAUCUUCGAGGCCCGGAGGGAGUGGUGGUGGUGGCCAACAAUUUGUUUUGAGCCAUCCAAAUCAUGAAAGGUUUCAAUCACCUAGUCUCGACAUUUCCAUCUCACCCAACAUGACAUAUCCUCCACCUAGAAUGGCCUUUCUGCCUCCGAACAUGACAAAUCCUUCUCCUGCCAACAUUGAAUUUUCACCUCUGUCCACAGUGUUCCCGGGAAAUGACAAUGCCUACAUGAAUCAUAACAUGGGAAUUUCAUACCAGAGCAACCAGCCCGACCUUCCUUAUUACCAUAACGCCGACAUAGGCCCACAUGACCCCUCUUUGCAUUAG